AAAUAGCACAUGUUUUCAAAAUGGCAGCCUCUAGCAAAAGGAAAUCCUCCAGCAUUUUACCCGCUUCUUUGUCGCUAGAGAGCGACCAACAGAGAGAAUUUGAACAGAGGGUUAAAGAUAUUCGUGAAAAGGUGCGAACUGGGAGCAAAAGAGGAGUCCUUUACGUUGGUCACAUCCCUCAUGGAUUCUUUGAGAAUCAGAUGCGGAACUUCUUCAAACAGUUCGGAAAAGUGACACGACUGCGUCUAUCUCGAAGUAAACGCACAGGAGGGAGCAAGGGCUAUGGUUUCGUUGAGUUUGAGUAUGCUGAAGUGGCCAAGGUUGCCGCUGAUACCAUGAAUAAUUAUCUCAUGUUUGAGAAACUGUUAAAAUGCGAAUUCAUGCCCCCUGAAAAAGUCCACGAAAGCAUUUUCAAAGGUGCUGAUAGAAAAUUUCAGAAGCCACGAGCACACAUUCUGGCCAUCGACCGCCACAACAAACCAAAGACGGAAAUUAAACAGAAGAAGGGUGAAAGGAAGCUAAAAAAGAAAAUCAAUAAGAAAUUCAACAAAUUGGCAGCGAUGGGCAUCAGUUAUUCUGUGGAUAUCCACAUGGCCGAGGGAAAAACUACGACAAUGACUGUCAAGAAUGCAGUCGAAAAAGAUACUGACGUUGAUGUAAAAGAAAACACAACAAAUAAACCAGUAGAAAACAAGACAGUAAAAGCAUUGAAAGGGCCGGUAGAAAAGAAGGGAGUAAAAACACUGAAGGAAUCGGUAGAAAAGAAAGGGGUAAAAGCACUAACGAAAUCUCCUGCCGUAAAAAAAUCAGUCAAAAAUGUUGGAGUGAAGGCGGCGACGAAGACACCAGAAGUUCCAGCCAGACGACGGAUGAGUGAGCGAUUGAAAAAGGCUGCUGUGGGAGUGAAGGACAGUCCUGUUUGUGUGGAGAAAACAGUAAAUGCUAGUGCAAGUAAAAAGGUGGCAAAAAGAUGAAAGACAUUAAUCGGUUUUGUUGACUUUCAAUAAGAUUCCUAAAAAGGUCAACCUGGGUAGUUGGACAUCUAUUUUAAUCUUAAUUAUUGCUGAUUAAAAGAUUCAAAGAUAUCAUUAAAUAUCAAACAAUAAUUCAUGGACCAGCUGUCCAUGCAUUAGCAGUUGUUCCUUCUCACACUGAGGAUUGUACGAUAAUCAAUCAUAAAUGUUGGUACUUGAAGUGCCAAUGUUUUUUGUGUCUUCACCCUGGCCUUUAGACCCUUUUAUCUGUGUCCCAAUGUCGUGGAAGUGUCUGCCAUGAGUGGUCUUCCAUUCUACUUGAAUAAACAUGUAAAACUA